GGGGGUGCCCGGCGUGGAGGAGCGGGUCCGUAGCGGGCCGCCGGACCCAAGGCGGAGGAGGGCGUUUGGGAGCGCCUUCGCCCGGGCCUCGGCGGCCUGAUGGAGUAAGAGGGUCGGCAGCUAGGGUGUGACGUUGAGUGCUUCAGAUCUGGUCACUAUGGUACGAGAACGAAAAUGCAUAUUGUGCAACAUUGUGUACAGCUCAAAAAAGGAGAUGGACGAGCACAUGAGGAGCAUGUUGCAUCACAGGGAACUUGAGAACCUGAAGGGCAGGGACAGCAGUCAUGAGUGCCGGGUGUGCGGGGUCACAGAAGUGGGUCUUUCCGCAUAUGCAAAGCAUAUUUCUGGCCAGUUGCACAAAGAUAACAUUGAUGCCCAGGAAAGAGAAGAUGAUGGAAAGGGAGAAGAAGAAGAAGAUUAUUUUGACAAGGAACUCGUCCAGUUAAUAAAGCAAAGAAAAGAACAAAGUCGACAAGAUGAACCUUCCAGUGGCAGCCAAGAAAUAAAAUCUGAUGACAGGCAGCUCCAGCGGAGACGAGAAGACAGAAUUCCUUACCAAGACAGAGAAAGCUACAGCCAGCCAGCAUGGCACCAUCGGGGACCUCCUCCGCGGGAUUGGAAGUGGGAGAAAGAUGGCUUUGGUAAUACGAGGAAAAACAACUUUGCACAUUCUUUGAGGAAUGGUGCUGGACCAAGAGGGUGGCAUAAGGGUGUUGCAGGAGGCUCCUCAACUUGGUUUCAUAACCAUAGUAAUUCCGGAGGUGGUUGGCAUUCAAAUAAUGGAACAGUAGAUUGGAAUCACAAUGGUACAGGAAGGAAUUCCAGCUGGCAUUCUGAAGGAACAGGUGGCUUUUCCAGUUGGCAUGUGAACAGCAGUAACGGAAACUGGAAAUCCAAUGUACGCAACACAAAUAGUUGGAAUUACAGUAGUCCUGGAGACAAAUUUCAACCAGGCAGAAACAGAAAUUCUAACUCUCAAAUGGAAGACAUGGCUAAGCCAUGGAACAAGAAAUCCAAGUCAAACAAAUACAAUCAAGAGAGAUAUAAAUGGCAGCGGCAAGAAAAUGACAAAGUUAGUACAGUUGCCACAUACAGAGGUCCUUCUAAAGGAUAUACAAGUGAUAAAUUUUCUUCACAAAUCUUAUUUGACUUCAAUUUUGAGCAGCCAGAAAGCCAAACCGCUAAGCAGACAGAGACCAUAGCUUCCAAAAUUGGUGGGAAGAACGGCGGUGUCGCAAGGGAAAAGCACCAUCGCUGGACUCCUUACCCGUCCCAGAAGGCUCUGGAUUUACCAUCAGGAAUGAAAGACGUUACUGGGAACAAGUCAGAAAUGAUAGAUAAGCCUUUGUUUGAUUUUACUUUAAUCCAAGGAACACAAGCAUCCCAAAUUGAUGAAACAAAUAAUUCCCCAACAUUGAAAACACAAAAAGAAACACAUACUGGAUCUCUUAAUCACAAAGCCACUUCUGAGCAAGCAUAUAACUUAAAUAAGAUGCCAUCAUUAAAAUCCCCACUUCUUCCAAUUCCAGUCACUAAAUCAGUCCCUCAAAAGCAAGAUUCAAAGAAUCCCUCAAAAAACACCAAAGCGAGUUCUUUUUUUCCUGGAAAACAUUCAAAUUCCUUAAACAAACACAAGGGGGAAGACAAUCAUGGCUCUUCUUACAGGUCCAAAUUGCAAAGUUCAUGUCCUCGUGUUUUAAAAGGGAAUAAAAGUAGAUUUGGCACUCAGAGGGAAUCUGAUGAAAAUUUAAGUGAUACGCUACAAAAAGCCAAAGAGGUGCUACAGUUUCAUGAGUCAUUGCAAGCUCCACUUCUUAGCACUUCGAAAAGGACCAGGAACUGUGACAAAGCAAGUAGGAACGUAGAAGAGUCUGAAAAAGGAUCUUUGAAGAUUGAGUUUCAAGUACACUCAUUAGAAGAUGAGAGUGAUGGAGAAAUACCUGACGUGGAAAAGCAUGGAACAAAAAUUGGAACCCUGGAUUCUGCAACUACUGAAGUCUUAUCCUGCAGCACCCAAAAUGCUGACGAGAAAGAGGGAGAGCACCAAAACCUGAAAACACCUAGAAAACUAUCCACUUCCCCAUGUGAGUCAGUAGUUCACCAGAAAGAAUCUGAGUUACAAAUGACAUCUGUAGCCAGUCCACACUCUGGCUUACUACUGGACUUAAAAGCCUCUCUGGAAGAUAGACAGGUUGAUGAGUCUGUUAAGUCUCAUGUAUCUUAUGAAACAGAGGGCUUUGAGAGCACUAGCUUGGACGCAGAGCUUCAAAAGAGUGAUAUAACUCAGCCCUCAGGCCUUCUCCUGCCUGAACUAAGUAAGCUUGGCUUUCCUGCGUCGCUCCAAAGAGAUCUCACCCGGCACAUUAGUUUGAAGAGCAAAACUGGAGCACACCUUCCUGAGCCAAACCUCAAUAGUGCUCGCCGCAUUCGCAACAUUAGUGGCCAUCGAAAGAGCGACACAGAGAAGGAAUCUGGGCUCAAGCCAACUCUUCGGCAGAUUCUAAAUGCAUCUCGGAGAAAUGUCAACUGGGAGCAGGUCAUUCAGCAAGUAACCAAGAAAAAGCAAGAGCUGGGCAAAGGCUUACCCAGGUUUGGCAUAGAAAUGGUGCCUCUAGUUCAAAAUGAACAAGAGGUCUUGGGUUUGGAUGAGGAGCCUGAUCUGUCCAAUCUAGAAGGAUUCCAGUGGGAAGAUGUGUCCAUUUCUUCAUCUCCUGGAUUGGCAAGGAAACGAAGCCUUUCUGAGAGCAGUGUGAUCAUGGACAGGGCUCCUGCGUAUAGCUUCUUCAGUGAGGAAAGUGCAGGCAAAGAAAAUGAGCCCCAGCAGAUUUUUUCACCUAGUAACUCAUCGAGGGCUGCGCAGAGUCCAAAAACAAAAAAAAAUGUUGCUCGAAGGCGGCACAGUGCACAGUUACUUUCUGACUGUGCAAAAUCUUUGAUGCAUUUGACAAAAGACCUGAACAGCCAGGAGAGUUCUGGACCACCUUCAGAGAAUCCGAAUGCCAAGGAGAGUAACGGAGAAGGGAACUCUUUAUCAUCAUGUGCAUCCUCAGCUCUUGCAGGCUCUAAUUUGGCAGAUGCAGGCACAGAUAGUAGCUGUACCUCUGGUGCUGAACAAAAUGACGGUCAGAACAUUAGAAAGAAACGAAGAGCCACUGGAGAUGGAUCUUCUCCUGAACUCCCAAGUCUUGAGAGAAAAAAUAAAAGAAGAAAAAUUAAAGGAAAGAAAGAACGUUCGCAGGUCGACCAGCUGCUGAGUAUUUCUUUAAGGGAGGAAGAACUAAGCAAGUCGUUGCAGUGCAUGGAUAACAACCUUCUGCAGGCGCGGGCAGCACUUCAGACAGCGUAUGUGGAAGUUCAGAGGCUGCUUAUGCUCAAGCAGCAGAUAACUAUGGAGAUGAGUGCACUGAGGACCCAUAGAAUACAAAUUCUACAGGGAUUGCAAGAAACAUAUGAACCUUCUGAACGCCCAUACCAGGUUCCCUGUAGCCUUACACGAGAACAGAGGAGCAGCAGAUCUCAAACAUCUGCUGAUGCCACGCUGCUGCCUACUCCCUUCUUCCCAGUUUUUCUGGAGCCUCCAUCAUCCACAGGAGUCCCUGGCCAAGUACCCACAUCUCCUGCUUUCCAAGCCCAUGGCAGUGUUCCUGCUCCGGACUCAUCGAUUCAGAUUAAACAGGAACCUAUGUCUUCUGAACAAGAAGGAGAGGGCAGUGACCGCCGUUCAGUCGAUGCAUCCCUCACUGCACCGUUGUCCUUGUCAGAGCCAACAGAAAAUUUCCAUGAGCCCAGCCGAGAGCUGAGGCUUUCUGUGGAGCAGGGAAGUACCAGAAAUGGGGAAAAUGUCCUCUCGUCCCAAUCAGCUGGUCUUCCUCGCAUAAAUAAAGAAGGUGAAGAGCCAAUCAAAGGCAACAGCGGGUCUGAAGCCUGUACCAGUUCUUUUCCAAGAUUGUUCUUUGCUUCAGAAACCUCUUUAGAGAAGGAGUCCCUCUCUCUCGCUGACCAGCCUGAACAAGCAGAGUCUACUCUGACGUCAGCUGAAACUCGGGGGAACAAGAAAAAGAAGAAACUUAGGAAGAAGAAGACCCUGCGAGCCGCCCAUGUUCCUGAGAACAGUGACACCGAGCAGGAUGUAUUUACUGCUAAACCUGUGAGGAAAGUGAAAACUGGAAAGUCAGCUAAAGGAGGGAAAGUAACAACCUCCACCUGGGAAGAUAGCAGAACUGGACUUGAACAAGAGAGUGUCAGGGAUGAGCCAGACAGUGACUCCUCUCUGGAAGUCCUGGAACUUCCUAACCCUCAGUUAGAAGUAGUGGCCAUUGAUUCCUCGGAAUCUGGAGAGGAGAAGCCAGACAGCCCAUCGAAGAAGGAUAUUUGGAACUGCACAGAGCAACACUCAUUAGAAACUUCUCGUUCUGGUUGUGAUGAAGUUAGCUCUACCAGUGAGAUUGGCACUCGCUAUAAAGAUGGUAUCCCUGUAAGUGUGGCAGAAACUCAGACCGUGAUCUCCUCCAUAAAAGGAUCGAAGAAUUCUUCAGAAAUAUCUUCAGAGCCAGGAGAUGAUGAUGAGCCCACAGAAGGGAGUUUUGAGGGGCACCAAGCUGCAGUGAAUGCAAUUCAGAUAUUUGGGAAUUUGCUCUAUACCUGUUCAGCAGAUAAAACUGUGCGAGCUUACAAUCUGGUGAGUCGGAAGUGCAUUGGUGUCUUUGAGGGCCAUACUUCGAAAGUGAACUGCCUCCUGGUUACUCAGACCUCUGGGAAGAACGCUGCCCUUUACACUGGUUCCAGUGAUCACACCGUUCGCUGCUAUAAUGUUAAGACGCGAGAGUGUUUGGAGCAGUUACAGCUGGACGACCGAGUCCUCUGCCUUCACAGUAGAUGGCGAAUCCUCUAUGCGGGACUAGCAAAUGGCACUGUGGUCACCUUCAACAUAGAGAACAACAAACGACUCGAAAUCUUUGAAUGCCACGGCCCUCGGGCAGUUAGCUGUCUAGCCACAGCUCAGGAAGGUGCCCGAAAGCUGCUGGUCGUGGGGUCUUACGACUGUACCAUUAGCGUGCGUGACGCGCGGAAUGGACUCCUCCUCAGAACCCUGGAGGGCCACAGCAAGACCAUUCUCUGCAUGAAGGUGGUGAAUGACCUUGUGUUCAGUGGCUCCAGUGAUCAGUCAGUCCAUGCCCACAACAUUCAUACUGGGGAGCUCGUGCGGAUCUAUAAAGGCCACAAUCACGCAGUGACUGUGGUGAACAUCCUGGGAAAAGUGAUGGUGACUGCUUGCCUGGAUAAAUUUGUUCGUGUCUACGAAUUACAGUCCCAUGAUCGAUUGCAAGUUUAUGGAGGACACAAAGACAUGAUUAUGUGUAUGACCAUCCAUAAAAGUAUGAUUUAUACUGGCUGUUACGAUGGCAGUAUUCAGGCCGUGAGGCUAAAUCUGAUGCAGAAUUACCGCUGCUGGUGGCAUGGUUGCUCUCUGAUAUUUGGCGUUGUAGAUCACUUAAAACAACAUUUGCUGACUGACCAUACAAAUCCAAACUUUCAGACUCUGAAAUGUCGCUGGAAGAACUGUGAUGCUUUUUUUACUGCUAGGAAAGGAUCCAAACAGGACGCUACAGGACACAUCGAACGACAUGCUGAGGAUGAAAGUAAAGUUGAUUCAUGAAGUUUUCGCCUCCCAUGUUGGGAAGUCAUUAGCUGAACGAAUGUCACAUUGGCCCCUCACACGGGCCACUCUCCUCCCUUCCCCUGUGAAGCGGGGAAGGAGAAAGUGAUUACCAAUCAGACUUACCACUAGGGUGAGUCUGAGCAGCUCUGUGGGAUGAUAGGUUACACUUUAAGAUCUUGCUGGAGGUUUGUCAGAUUUUCAGGAAUCAUACUCCUGGGACAGCGUGGCAUAUGGUAAUUUAUGCUACUGGUGUUCUCCAGAUGUUUAUUAAAGAUGCAGGUCUGAAUUGGCUACCUGAUUUGACCCUAAUCAUGUUGUUUUACUGAUUUCAGUUUGUGAUUUUUACUUUAUGUUCUUAUGAUGGUUUAAACUUGUAGUCAAGCUUUAAGUACCAGUUUGUUCAAAUGCUAGAUUUUUAGGAUCAGUUUUAAUUUUUCUGCUUGUAAUAACUGGGUAUUUAAAUUGGAAGCAAAUAGUUUUCUUCUUAACAAUUAUGUUUAGUGUGUGUCAGUAUUCUUUUGCUUUGUAGAUGACAGAGCUGGCUUUAAAUGUAAAGGAAGACAGUAGAUUUUUAGCAGGUAGAGUGACUGCUCAGCUGACUAUUUUAGGAGUUGAGACAGCACAUCACACAAUGGCAAGUCCUUACGGACAGUGCUCCCCGGCGACCCUCUCUGCAAGGUUCGCUGGAGUGUUUGGUCAGGGCAGCACACCGACCUACUGUCCACGUGCAGUGGUGCUGUGAGACCGGGGCAUCACUGCUGCAGGGGUGGCCGGGCUGUUUGACCUGGAGGUGCAGCCUUGACCUCCCUUUGCAGUUUCUGACUCCAGGCUGCUGUGGGAUUGAAACCUACAGAAUGCGUUGCACUCACCUGCAGCCCCCAAGAUAGGGGAGUUAGGAUAAAGCAUCUGAAUCCGGUUUUUAGGGCCUCAGCAGGCUUCUUAGAAACUGGUUUCUAAAACCGCUGUCUUGCCCUCACCUCUCCACUAGUUGGGAAGAAAGAGUGGAGUCUGGUGACGUUAAAGACCACCUGUCCGUGGAGAGCAGCCACAGUAACAAAGCCUUAGUGAGACUGCGUGGUUUGGGCUUUUCUCCGCACUCCGAAGAGAAGCUGUAGACGUGUUGCUUUCCAUUCUUUUGUUUCUGGGUUCACUUUGAAAGGUUCUUCAGGGAGGUAGAGGAAGGGAGAGCAGCACGGUGCGCACAGCCACGCUUCGGGAUGCGGCCCCUACUCUGUUCUAGGAUUGCAGAGCACCCAGGCUUCUCCCCUCUCCUGUCGGUGCGCACACAUCUGCUCGCCUGCCCCCUCCACUCUGGCUCUAGGGCAGGAGGACUUCACUGGGGAUUCAUGGACAGGUUUCAGGAGGGUGUGCGAACCCCCUGGACUUGUAUGCAAGAUGAAGUAUGUGUCCUUUUUUCCCAGGGAAGGCUCUAAUGAUUUUUACUGGAUCCAAAAGAUUAAGACCUACUAAAGGAGCUACUACUAGAUAAUGAAUGGCCCACAAGCUAUUUACUUCUGUGUUUGUGAAUGGGAAAACUUUUUUGUUAACCACACUAUUGAGGUUUACAUGACACUUGAGAGAGACCCGAGUUAAUCUUAUUGUAUCAAGACUAUUUGUGCUGUUUCUCUAUGAGAUUAUGAAGCUUUUCCCACCUCUCACCCCCAUUUCCGGUACAGGUGACCAGAGAAGCCAGGCUGUCCUGUGGGUUUGGGAAUGGUAAAUUCCCAGGAGAGUGAAUUUGGACUUAUUGCCAAACCUGGCAUUUUUCUCUGGGUAGUGAAGCAGCAUUUCUCAGACGGCUGGGGAGUGUGGGAAGAAAGUCUUGCAUGCACUGGUGCACAGGUGUCCUUCUGUCCUGCCUGAGGACGGACGUGUCUGCAAAGACGAGAGUGGUGAGCUUUGUAGGGCAGGUGCUGGGCAAGUGAGGGGAACCUUUGCAGGUAGAGUCAGUGAGAACCAGUUUGGGUUUCCCUUUGGUGGAAUUGUGCACAGUCUGCCUGCCAUGGCGUAUAUGAAUGAUCCUUGUACAUGUGUAUACAGAUGGGCACCUGUACUUGGAAUACUUUUCCUCAUUUCGUAGAAAUGUCCUUUGAAGCAGUAGCAAUAAUGUUUUUGUUUUAAGGAUGUGUAAAAUUUAACAUCAGGUGAGUGUGCUAUCCUAAACACACUGUUCUAGUUCUGUUUAGAAAUAAAUGCACCAUAAACAUUUUGGCUGCUUAUGUAUGCUUAUUGCUUUAAAGUGUCUUGAAAGUUAUGCAGAAUUUUGGCCAUUUUUAAGUCUUCUUUGAUGUCCUGACUGAUUCUAGCCCUCUGUCGCCCUCAGAGAAGAGCUGUCGGGUUUGCAUAAACUCUGGUAUUUAGUACUUUAUGAAGAAAGGAAACCGUUCCAUGACCUGACAGAACCUGACAUUUCUUAUCAGGAGUCGGAGGCCAUUUUUUAGAACGUUGUUUUUUAAUUAUGUGUGCCUACUUCUAAAGGCUAGAAGCCGAGGAAACCCUGGUAUGAAUCCUUUUGUGUGCAUGUGCUAGUGUUUUAAUGGCAGUUUGUUCUGAUAUAAUAUCAGUCACUUCAAGUUUUAUCCUAAAGUUUGAAUCAGGUUCAAAAUGUAUUUUGGCAUAUGUUUCUACCCGGUUAAACACAAUGCGAACAAAACUCUUAAGAGCAAAGAAUUAAUUUUGAUCUGAUGCUACUUGAAGAGAACAUUAUUGCUACCACACUCCUGCUUUUGUGGGGAGAAGUUUUUUCUGUCUCCUUAGCAAUUGAGUGUUUAGCUCCUGACCUACUUAUAAGUUAUAGGCAAAAUCAUUGCUGUUUGAGUGAUUAUUUCCUGAACAAAGGUUUCUUUGUUUUUGUUUUUUGGGGGUCUUGGGUAGAUUAUACAGUGGGCAACUUUAGUGACUAGGUAUGUGGAUGGUUUGGUGGGAGUAGGUGUACAACAUUUAGUGGAAUGGUAUGGUAUGUUUUAUGGAAGAGAAUUCAUUGGAGGGGAGAUCAAAGUAUAUUGCGAUGUGAUAUUUGAACAGCAUGUUCCCCCUGGUUUGCUCAAAUAACUGCCAUUAAUAUACACUGACGGACAGAUUUUGUUCUUGUUGCCUCAAGGAGAGCUUUCAGAAUUGCUGUGAAGGCCAGGCCUGCCACAUUGAUGAUAGUGAUCUCGUCCCUGCCCCACAUCAUCAGGACCCUCAGGAUGGCAAAGGAGCUGUCUAAGGACUAGGAAUAGGAGCUGUGGUGACGAUUUGGUUAUACUGAGUCCCAUAUGCCAGUGGAUGUGAAAUGAUGAUGUAAACCACACCUACUGCUUAUCAGACAGUAAUCCCUAACCUCACCUCCAACUCCCAGGUAUGGGGCCCUGCUGGGCCACAUGCACUAAAAUUUCCCAUGUUUGCUCUAAAUUCAAGGUAGUAGCCCAAUGGGAUUGGGAACGAGGGGAGUCAAAGAGGAAAGGCUAUUGAAGAUCUUCUUCCUGCCUAAGAGAAACACGUGCCCUAGAGCUGCUCUAGCAUGCGAAUUUUUUAUAUUGAAUAUGGAUUAGAAAACUGAAAUCAGAUGACAUUUGACUGCAAAAAUGUUAUUAAGCAAAUAGCUUAGCCUUCUUACAUUUUGGUAUAAACCUGUGAACUUCAUAACUUUGUAAAAGCAAGUUACAAAGCAAAUACAAGAGGAAAAUAAAGUACUUUUACAAAUUGUUUA